GGGCGUGCAUUAGGACCCUGACGCGCUGCUGUGGGGAUGUGACCAAAUGCGCCAUGACUCUCUAUGAGAAGCUCUUAUUGCAAAACGGAAUGUUCCUGUCAGGCCCAUGUCUGUGAAUUUCAGACUUUAACAUUUUAGAAGGAAGAGCCUUUCCAGCAACCCACAGAGAGCUAGUUAAGAUGGAGUGCGAUUGGAAGCCAGACGAGCAAGGACUUCAACAGAUUCUACAGCUUCUGAAAGAGUCCCAGUCUCCGGAUACCACAACGCAAAGAUCCGUCCAACAAAAACUGGAGCAACUCAACCAGUAUCCAGACUUCAACAACUACCUGAUAUUUGUCCUUACAAAAUUAAAAUCAGAAGACGAGCCCACUCGUUCUCUGAGUGGACUCAUCCUGAAGAACAAUGUCAAAGCCCACUAUCAGAACUUCCCCAACGGCGUGUCGGAUUUCAUCAAGAACGAAUGCCUGGAGAACAUCGGUGACACCUCGCCCCUCAUUCGGGCCACUGUGGGUAUUCUGAUCACCACCAUUGCUUCAAAGGGCGAGCUGCAGAACUGGCCUGAGCUCCUUCCCAAACUGUGUCUCCUCCUGGAUUCAGAGGACUAUAACACAUGUGAGGGGGCGUUUGGAGCACUGCAGAAGAUCUGUGAGGACUCCGCUGAAGUCCUGGACAGCGACAUGUUGGACCGGCCUCUCAACGUCAUGAUCCCUAAGUUCCUCCAGUUCUUCAAACACAGCAGCCCCAAGAUAAGGUCUCAUGCCAUCGCCUGUGUUAACCAGUUCAUCAUCAGCCGUACCCAGGCCCUGAUGCUCCAUAUAGACCCGUUCAUUGAGAAUCUGUUUGCCCUGGCGACGGAUGAGGAGUCAGAAGUGAGGAAGAACGUGUGCAGGGCUCUGGUCAUGCUGCUGGAGGUGCGCAUGGACAGACUGAUCCCUCACAUGCACAGCAUCAUUGAGUACAUGCUGCUGCGCACACAGGACCAGGAUGAGAAUGUGGCACUGGAGGCCUGUGAGUUCUGGCUCACACUCGCAGAGCAGCCCGUGUGUAAGGAUGUGCUGUGUGGACACCUGUCACAGCUGACUCCAGUGCUGGUGAAUGGGAUGAGAUACUCAGAGAUUGACAUCAUUCUCCUGAAGGGUGAUGUGGAGGAGGAGGAGGAUGAGGCCAUCCCUGAUAACGAGCAGGAUAUACGGCCAAGAUUCCACCGCUCACGCACCGUAGCUCAACAACACGAGGGCGACGGCAUCGAAGAUGAAGAGGAUGAUGAUGACGACCUGGAUGACGACGACACCAUCUCUGACUGGAACCUAAGGAAGUGUUCUGCAGCUGCGUUAGACGUUCUAGCAAACGUGUUCCGUGAUGAACUGCUACUACCCAUUCUCCCUCUGCUGAAGGAGCUGCUGUUCCACCAGGAGUGGGUUGUCAAGGAGUCCGGCAUCCUGGUGCUGGGGGCCAUUGCAGAAGGGUGUAUGCAGGGUAUGAUUGCCUACCUCCCUGAGUUGAUCCCCCACCUGGUUCAGUGUCUGUCAGAUAAGAAAGCGCUGGUCCGCUCCAUUGCCUGCUGGACGCUGAGUCGCUACGCCCACUGGGUGGUGAGCCAGCCACCCGACCAAUACCUCAAGCCCCUCAUGACCGAGCUGCUCAAGCGCAUCCUGGACAGCAACAAGAGGGUGCAGGAAGCAGCCUGCAGUGCAUUUGCAACCCUGGAGGAGGAGGCGUGCACAGAGUUAGUGCCGUACCUGGCCUACAUCUUGGACACGCUGGUGUUCGCCUUUAGCAAAUACCAGCACAAGAAUCUGCUCAUCCUCUACGACGCAAUAGGAACACUUGCAGACUCUGUGGGACAUCACCUCAACAAACCGGAAUAUAUCCAGAUGUUGAUGCCGCCACUGAUUCAGAAAUGGAACCAACUGAAGGAUGAGGACAAAGACCUCUUCCCACUGCUUGAGUGUCUCUCAUCCGUGGCCACUGCCCUUCAGAGUGGUUUCCUACCCUACUGUGAGCCUGUGUAUCAGCGCUGUGUUAACCUGGUGCAGAAGACCCUCGCUCAGGCCAUGUUGCACCAAUCCCAGCCGGAUAUGUACGAGGCCCCUGAUAAGGACUUCAUGAUCGUGGCCCUGGAUCUUCUCAGUGGAUUGGCUGAGGGAUUGGGCGGCAACAUCGAACAGCUGGUCGCUCGUAGCAACAUCCUCACCCUCAUGUACCAGUGUAUGCAGGACAAAAUGCCCGAGGUUCGGCAGAGUUCUUUUGCCCUGCUGGGAGACCUCACUAAAGCCUGCUUCCAGCACGUCAAAUCUUGCAUUGCGGAUUUCAUGCCCAUAUUGGGGACAAACCUGAACCCGGAACUGAUCUCUGUGUGCAACAAUGCAACCUGGGCUAUCGGGGAGAUAUCCAUUCAGAUGGGUGCAGACAUGCAGCCAUACGUUGCUGUGGUAUUGCACCAGCUGAUAGAGAUCAUUAAUAGACCCAACACCCCAAAGACCCUACUGGAGAACACAGCAAUAACAAUUGGUCGUCUUGGUUACGUUUGUCCUCAAGAGGUGGCACCCAUGCUACAGCAGUUUAUAAGACCCUGGUGCACUUCUUUGCGGAAUAUAAGAGACAAUGAGGAGAAGGACUCCGCCUUCCGAGGGAUCUGCACCAUGAUCACCGUCAAUCCGGGGGGCGUGGUGCAGGACUUUAUAUUUUUCUGUGAUGCGGUGGCCUCCUGGGUCAGCCCAAAGGAAGACCUGAGAGACAUGUUCUACAAGAUCCUCCAUGGUUUUAAGAACCAGGUUGGUGAGGAGAACUGGAGACGGUUCUCGGACCAGUUCCCUCUUCCCCUGAAGGAACGCCUCGCUGCAUUCUACGGAGUCUAACUGUUCCCGUAGCAACAGGCAGGCCUUAGGAGGUCAUUCUCUAUGGGUGUUAAACAGGGAACCUCUUAUACCCAGGGAAUAUGUUGCCCUUUACUGGGGGAAGGGUGGUGUGGCUGGGGAGGGGGGAGGGAUUGGGCCCCCCCAGACCCCUCCGGAUGGGGUGGGAGGGAGGUGGUGGUCGGCUGUGGCGGCAGGAAUCACCAAAACCCAAACGGGAGCUCGGCCAACUUCACCAUUUCACCGUGGCAAGACCAGACGACCCGAAACAACACACGCAAACAGACGUCCAUCGCCCUUUCGUCUCUCUCAUCUGAAAACUCAACAGCACUCUUCUGUGCUGAUAGGGGUGGGGGGGAGUAAAAAAAAAAAAACAAGGGAAAGAGAAAAAAACAGAGGGACAGAGAGGGAGAGAAAAUCUGAAGCAAUCACUUGACGGCGUCGUGUUUGGUGAAAUCUGUUGGGUUUAAGUUUAUAGUAAAGGAAGUGCCUACUGUUCUUACUAUAAGUUUAGUGCUAAUAGGGGAUUCAAAAUCCAACAGCUUCUUGUCUUCUAGAACGUACCAUUACGGAAGGGAUGGGGGGACUUAUGGCUAACUUAGACAUACCAUAAGGUAAUAAGCAUGGAAGGGGUAGUUUAAACUCAAAUGCAUGAAGAUGACCUUAUAGUGCAGACUGUCCGUUGAGUGUACGCCCACAAAGUAUAGUUGCAACUGUACACAGUGCUCAACAGUAGACGGUAAAUAAGUACUCUUAAAUAAGUACACGCUGGAAGCAUCUCCCAGCCUCUCUCUCUGCCUCUGCAUAUAGUAAUCAGAAGAGACGGCUUUGAAAGAUAUCUCCAUCUAUUCAUAUCUUACGACAGUGGAAAUGUUUGCUUACAAAUGAGGUAUUACAGAUUCUGUGUUAUCUUUAGGACAACAGAACCAUUUAUCAUGACAUACAUCUGUGCAACAAACUUUUUCUGUUUUGCAUUAUUUUAUAAUUUUUUUGUGGUUGGAAGUGACUUGUCUUAAUUGAUGAAUUUAAAACAGCAUGCCCUAAUGGAAGCAUUGAGGCUGUACAGCAGUGACGUACAGUGCUUUACGUGUGUGUGUUUGUGUGUGUGUGUUUGCAUGUGUGCUAGUCUGAGAUGUCCACAUAGCCCUAAAACCUGAAAUACCUACUGGUGUAUGUCUCCAGUUUCUUUGGCGCCUGGUUAGUUUACCGUCUUGGUGCUCUCGCUAAAGAAUGUGGUAGUUGUCACUCUUCCGAGACACCAUUAGUAAGGCUUUGCAGGACAUCCUGGUGUGAUUGUGGGCCCUAAUUUUAUUGACGGGCAACGAGCAAAGUUGCCCAUCAAUUAAAUUAGGGCCCUAUGCGUGUGGGGUAACUAAAGUGUAUCCGUAGUCUACCACUCAGUGUGCGUGUGUCCUGUGUGUGUAACUGUGAGGUGUAUCUUUUGUCUGCCACUCACUGUGUGUGUGUGUGUGUGUGUGUGUGUGUGUGUGUGUGUCUUUGUGUUUGCUUGAUUGUGCGUGGGUAACUGUGAAGUUUAUCAUUUGUCUUCUACUCAGAGAGAGUAUGUGUGUUGUGGAGUAUAGAGUAGGCCAUACAGUGCGUCACUGAAUCAUUUCCUCUUUUCUGUGAGUUGUACUCAGCUCCUUCUCAACCUGUCCGUAGUUGUUGCUAACUCUGUCUGAUGAGUAAUCGUGUUGACUUCUCACAUUAGUGUACUUGUAUCUAUCAGUAUGUUUGUUUUGCUUUUGUGAACGGUAUGGUCUCAUGGGUGCUUGUUUUUGUUUGUUUUUGUGAGGAGGUUUUGAUUGACUGUUUCUAAGCAGGGUACUCCCAGAUUGAUUUAUGCAUUGGUGGCCCUAUAAUCACCCACACUAGGUGAGUGGUCCCAAAACAACAACAAGAAAAGAGAAAAAUUAGACAUAUGUUAGUUCCUCUCUUACUCGCUGGCUUGGGGCACUGUGCUUGAUUGCAUAUAUUUCCUGAAAACCCAAGUUCAGUGGUGGGACUCCCACCUCAGUGCUUAGCAGACGACGCUGUUCCGUUUCUGUACUGUGAAUCGCAGGACACAAGCUUAGUGAUCUGGUACACAUUUUGUUUGUUUUUGUCUGUUUAUUUAUGAAGCAAAGAUCUUCUGAGAAAGCACAGUCACCUGGAUGAAUCCCAUGCAUAGUGAUAAGGGUAGGGACCUUCAUAGGCCAACCAAUCAGAUUGCUCUGCUGGACAGAGUGAAGCAUCUCACAGUAUUGUUAUCUGUACCUAAGGCACAUAAUCAUAUCAGUCACUAAAAACUAUUAUAGACACACUGUACCGUAACCUCUUGCUAUGGUGUGAACUUUUCAAUAACGAGUUGUCUUUAGACUCUUGUUAUCUCCGGGCCUUGACGUUCAUAAACUAUCAGAGUCAGGCUAAGGUAUUCUUAAAACAGAUGAGGACAUUUACCAGUACACCGUACUGGCUAUAGCAUAGUGUAGUGAUUAUGAAACAUUUCUGACAUUUAUUCAAUUAUUACAAUAUCCAUUAGUUGUUAUUGGUCGCUAUUGUCAUAUGUUAAUUUAAUAAUUAUUUAUUCUUUAUAACCAAUAAUCAUAAUGUUGCCCUUUUGUAAUUCAUCUCACUAUGCAUAUAAAAAAAAUUCCAUGUAAUUCUGAAAAAGGAGAGCAUGGAGAGCAUCAUGGGAUAUCAUCAGGUGCUGGUUUAUGUGAAUGUUUAAUUUGUUGUCGUUGUUUUGUUAUUGUUGUUUUGGAUUGUUUGAUUCCCCUCCUGUGUGCAAAGUGAAUGUGUCAGAAAUGGUCUUUGUCACAUUCCAGCAGUUCUGGCAUGCUUGGAAACCAGAGGCACAGUCCAAUUAAAUUGUAUGCUAUUUAAGUCUCAUGCAACAAAAAAUUAUUAGAAAAAACAAACACUGCUCUAUAAGAAAUAAAUACUGUAUCAAGUUUCAUGUUGCUGUCUUAUAGGCUGCUGCUAAGUGUUUGUUGUAGUUUUUUUUUACUUGAAUAUGUUGUCAUAGAAACCUCAGGAGGUCUGUGUUUACUGUUUUUAAUUUUAUUUCAGUUUAUUUUUUGUAAUGUAUGUAUGUCUAUGUGUGUGUGUGUGUGUGUGUGUGUGUGUGUGUGUGUGUGUGUGUGUGUGUGUGUGUGUGUGUGUGUGUGUGUGUGUGUGUGUGUGUGUGUGCCUGUGUUGUUGUAUUAUCUGAGUCUCCUUGUGCUGGUGAUGUUUCACAAAUUGCCCAAGAUGGCCGCUCCUGCUCCUUCAACGUUGAUGUGGGUGGGCCACACUAACCCCUCACAGGGAAGCUGAGUUUAACAUACCAGUCCAACUUCAACUUUCCUUUAGCUAAGCUAGCUUACUAAUGACAGCCAGACAGAUCUGCCAGACAGACCUGUUACCUCUCUAAAAUCACCCACACAUAAAAGCUCAUUAAGGGAAAUACAAUCAUUCUUUUAAUCAAUAUUUAAAAAAAGAAAGUUUUCUUUACACAGAGGAAUAUGGGUACGCUGUCAUAUUAGUGGGGAUGUAGUUGUGAUUUACAAAUUAAGGUGAAUUAUGUAUACGAAGUGCAGUAUUUACUGUAAGGAUGCCUUGAAAUUGGAAACCCAGUGUUGAUGAGGGAGAAUAUUGCAUAUAAUGAAGUAGCCUAUAUGAGGUGGCCAAGUAAAUAAAAUACAAAAAUUCUCAGUUUAAGUAGAUUGUAAAAGCUUUAUGAGAUGUUUUCCUACUCUGAUGAUACUGCGUGGACUUCUGUUGAAAUUAGAAUGUCUCUCUUGUGCAAGGAAAUUUGAAAAAUCUUGGCUCCUGACUAUUUAAGCCAUGUAAACUUGAGUUGUGUCUUCUUGUUCAGCCCUUCACCCUUUUGCUAACAUAAACAGCGACAUGGCUGUACUUCUUUUCUGAAGCUGCUGAAUUUUAAGAAGAAAAAAGAAAUUUGGGGCCACCAAAUAUUUUGGAUCAUGCAAAGACUCUAUAUUGUACUGUAGUAAUUUUGUAAUGACAUUUGUAUGAUGUAGUGAUGGUUGUGAAUGCUUGGAUCUGUACAAUGUUAAAUAAAUUGUUUACAUAAACAA